AUGUGGAAGCGGUUCCAGGGGUAUGGACGGGACAAGGAGAAGCAGAUAGGGAACCCUGUGCUUGUUGAAACUACCUACGAUGAAGAUCAACUCAGGCACAUCCCGAAUGUUUCCGGCUACCAAAAUGCCAAUCCCCAGCCUAAUUAUGACUCCUCGCAGUCCCCACCAUACGAUGGUACAUAUUCUCCGUCCGACGAACCCGGCUAUCGCGCAUCAGAAGUCCCUACCGUCUCCUCUGUCUACUCACAGCCAGGCUUACCAGAGGAGUAUCAGCACGAGACCAUUCGUCAUCAUCUGGGUCACGACAUCUCACCCCCUAGUUCACCAGAGCCUGAACGCGUCCAGAACCCGGAUCAACCAAGAAGAUUUCGUUCAAUGCGCGAUGUAUCCCCAGUGGACGAGUCUCGCAGUCGGCAAGCGCAGCACGGAGGGAGCAACAUUCCCGUACUUCGCAAAGCACCCGCGAAGGUACGAGGCAACGAGCCUGAGCCUUCGGCGCAAAAGUUCUGGGGUGGAAAAGUAGCACCAAACGAUAAGGUUCGGUGGGAUGCCUAUUCCGGAGAACCCACGUCCAGCACUGCCGGCAGGCCAGGACAGGUCAACCCUGGAGUCUAUGCCAAAACAGGACUGUCGCCACCUUCCAAGCAACGGCCCAUGGGUUAUCAAGUAUCCGUGAGUGGAGGACCGGAAACGUCAAGAAGAAAUCAAUCGCUGUACGAGCGAGCAACGCGCUUUGGCACACGGCCGCCAGCAGUUGACACGACUGUAUCAAAACCCCGAGAACCAUGGAAGGGAGCGAGUGGACGGGGAGAAAUCGUGCAACCUAUUCGAGAUAAUCCUGGAAGAAAAGCCUCAGCAGUUAUUCAGCGAAAACCAGACCCUCGAAGUGUUGGUUCAUCUCCGACGAAUGCGCAAGACUCGCUUGCAGCUACUUCCGGGCGUAGUCCUGUCCCUGGUGACACCUCACAUGUCGCAGACCCCCUCGAAGAGUAUGACACGCAUGACAACCCCAUAAAACCUACCGUUCCCCUAAAAGUGGGAGUCAACUCGCCUACCAGUCCGAAUAAUCCAGUAAAUCAAGGUCUCGCAUCUCCCGACUCACUGCACGGUGCUGAUCCAUUGACACCGAUCAAUAAACGGACAGGCGCUGCGACAGCGAACCGUCCAGGUGUUUCGGGCACCGGCCAUACUUAUGACUCCCCUACGACGGCAAAGGGCGCAACUACGAGCAAUUCCAUCGAGAACACUCCACAGUCAGUAGGCGAUAAGGAUACCGGUCCCGCAAGCCGCUUCAGUUGGACAACGUACAACACGAGCACGACCUACCAGCAUUCUCCACCACCUUCUCCACCACCACCUGUCCCAUCCUUUGCGAAGAAUCCUGACCAAGAGCCAAUGCCCGCAGCUUCAGCGAUCUUGAAUCGUCGCCGCCCGGUCCCAGCGUCUGAUAAAACCCCAACCCGCAAACCCAUAGGAGGUUCUACCACACAGCCUACCACCAUGGCAUCGGCAGACCCUCCAUCGCCUCGGCCUUUAUCGACAAUUUCGACCAGCACGCAGAAGGCUCUACCUCGCCCGCCCACUGAGAUUAGCGCCGUUGACCACAUCGACACGCUAGAGGCGCAAAUGGAAGACCUGCGCAUUCGGCGUUCGAACGUGCACAGGCUGCUUCAGGAUUUGUAUAAUGCGGCUCCACCAAAUCCUCUGGUAACGGACUUCAAGCGUAUGCGAAUAGUUGAUAAGCGAAAGAAGGACUUUGAGGAUGAGUUGGCCGAGAUCAAGCGCGAGGAACAUGACUUGGGUCUGAAGCUUCACCGAGCGUGGAAGAAGAGGGAACAGGCGGACCCAUCACAGGAGAGUGCACUCUGGGUUCGAAGGGUCACAUCGUGA